CGGAUACUCCUUAAACGUCUUUUACAUAGAUCCAACGACUGAACAAAUUCGAGACUCGGGAUACAAAGCGACGGCAGACGGCAUAGCUUACUGGGUUCUACAAUGGCUCCAUUCGAACCUUCAAUUUAGACCUUGCUCAAAUAAAUCACUUGCAUUAUGAGAAGGGAGAACUGCUUCUUCACCUCUGCCCCCGAUUUUCUUCCCUGCUAUCCGACUACAGAGUAGGGUGCUUGCCGCUCUCUCUGGGUUCUUCAGCGCUACACUUCCCCUUCCUCCUCAAGAUAACGUUUGCUAAUAUUCACCAAUUCCAUAUUUGCAGCAGAACGAGUCAGAGUUUCAGUGACUAAGCAAAACCAUAGCAUUACCUGAUGUCAAAAUUUACAUGGAGGAUUGAAAAUUUCUCACGACUGGAUGGUAGUACGCUUUCCUCCGUGACGUUCGUGGUAAAUGACUACAAAUGGAAGCUGUGUCUAAAUCCAAAGGGAAACUCAAGAAAGCAGUUGAAUAUGUGCCUGUUGAUGGUGGACUCCUCCAGGUUACCCAUGAACUGUUGUAUAGAAACAAAGUACAGUCUAGCUCUUAUUAACCAGAUUGACAACAACAAAACCAUCAAGAAAGAGAGUAUGGAGUAGGUGUGCAAAGAUGAUGUCAACCAAAUAGCUACUGUCAGAAUUUUACUUCCUCAAUCUUACUUUUGCCCAUUACGCAGAGCGCGAGCGGGGAUGCAAAUUCACUCAAGGUAAUAAUUUUGGCUUCUCUUCAUUUAUCCCUCUCAAAAAGUUUUACAAUAAAAGCGAAGGUUAUCUGGUUGAUGAUACGUGCUUGUUUGAAGCUGAACUUUCUGUUUUCAUCGAUGCUGUGGCAGCUUCCCACGAUAAUUGUGAUCAGGCUUUAGAUGUUUUCCAUCAUGUUGAAUCUGCACAUGUCGAGGCUCAGUUGUUUCUCGAGUCUCUGACCAAGAAACCAUCCAGCAGCUUCUGGGCAUCUAAUUCUCCAACAUGGGAAUUGUCUUUGCUUAAAGGACAUGACACUUCUGCAACAGUAAUUCUUGACAUGCUGAUAUCAACCUCUUUGGAUAUUUUGGCUGAUCCCAGGAAUGAAACUUCAAUCUUGGAGUCUUUGUCUGCAGUUAUUGACCACAACCUUCAUUUGUUCAUCAAUGGACAUGCCAAAGAAAUAAUGAACUUGAAAGCUACUUUCCCCCAGCAGAUGCAAGAAUGGAGAAGCUCAGUAGAAAUUAAGUGCAGAAGCGAGCAUCCCAGCUGGUGUGCGUUAGAGAAGACCAGAAGUAUGCUGGAAGACUUGGUGAAAACAGGGGAGGGAAUAAAGGCUGAACUGGAGGAGCUUAAUGGCAAAGAAAAUGAAGUGAAAGCUCAGCUGGAGGUUAUUAAAAGCAAUAGUUUACAAGUAAAGGAGGAAAGGAUAGAAGUAUCCAAACAGAUGGAGAUUCUUUGCUCACUUGCUAUGAAGCAGGCUGCCAAAAUUGAGGCAAAAGAUGCGGAGGUGGACCAGGCUAACAAAAAGCUGGAGCACAGUUUGAAGUCAAAAUGGGCUGCAACAAGACAUCUAUUUUCUUGAGUGACAUAGUGACAUACAAUUUCCCAUUAUUGUAUAUGUUACCGGUAGUCAAGGGAUUUGUUUGUAUAUCCUUUUGUAAGGGCGCUUCUGUUGAAACCAGUUAUCCCUAAAAAGCAGUAUGGGACUAAGUUAUACUGCGUACUUCUUUUAAAACUAGAUUAGUUUGAUCGAGCAACAAAGUGGUGGACGCAAUAGGGAAAGAACAAAAAAAUAUUGGUUGAUCGAGCAACAAAGUUGAAGUUUUGUCUAUUGUUGGUGUUCACUUAAUUCUUGGAAUGAUAAGUUUUUGUUAUCAA